GCAUCAGUGACCAUUCAUCAUCACCACUGCAGCUUGUUUCGUCUGUGUUCGUCUGCAUGCUCAAACACGUGAGAGUAGCGUAGAAGCUGCGGUGGAAAACACAUUCGCCUUGCGUUGUCCCAGAAAUUGCUUGUGUAUCUACAGAUCGUCGCCUUGCGAUGUCAUUACGUGCUUUUUCUUCGUUAUACAGCCGCGCACUGCGCUAUACAGGCUGCCGCUCUGCGCUGCUGGGGGCUUCUUCCAAAAGUAUGCACGUCCACGCAGCUUAUGAGAGUCCUAUACGACCGGCCGCUUCUGCUGCGGUAGGCUCUAGGUGGGAGAGAUUAAAAGCAAGCGUGAAGUGGCAGUUUGUUGUCCAAGACAAAAUCAGAGAAGGGUGUGUUUACGUCUACGAAAGCUGUGUUGACAAGGUGGACUACGGGACAUUCUUUUCUUAUUUAAAACUUCAAGACACCUUCUUAUCGUGGUUUCUCGUCACUGAGCUCCACGUGUGGAUGUGCAUGACGCGUGGUAUGGCAGAACUGGACGAUCGCCGAGCUCUUUGCAUCCAACACGAACUUGCUCGAAACCUGUGGAGUGAUGCGGAAAAACGUAUAGGAAAAGUUGGGUUCGUGCGAACCAAAAUAAAGAGAGAAUGCUUAGCGGACCUGAGCGACCACUUCAACGCAAUGCUGAUGUUGUACGACGAGGGUCUCCAAGGAGAUGACAAGACACUGGCCAAUGCCCUUUGGCGUGUGCUUCUUACCUGUGAAGGCAGGGAUCCCGUGGCAUUGGAGACUCUUGUGCACUAUGUGCGAAAACAGGUUAAUAUGCUCGACAAGAUGACACUGGAUCAGUUUUUAACUGAAUACAACGUAAGCUGGACACCGCUGUUGGACUGUGAGAGCAAAGCGACUUACUAGUGCCCGAGACUCCUUAGUUCAAUAGGAAUAUAUUUGCCAUUGUGUGGGAUAGUGUACAUAAUAAAUGCAUGUCUACUCAAGUUC